CUGCUGUUGUCUGCUGCUUCUGCUGCUGUCUGCUGCUGCUGUUGUCUGCUGCUGCUGCUGCGGUCUGCUGCUGUUGCUGCUGUCGGUCUCUGCUGCUGCCGUUGUCUGCUUGUCUUGUUCUCUCGUCGCUACAGUUGUGAGUAUGAGGAAGCUGUGGUGUGCAGCAGUGUUGGUGGUGACGAUGGUGAGUGUGGUGAGGCCUCAGUGUAUCUCCAACAAUGACAAGCUGGUGGUGACCCCCCCACCUGACCUGGCCUACAUCACCCCCUUCAGCUUGGACCUCUUCAAGCAGCUCUAUCCACCCACCGCCACAGGAAACUUUUUCUUCUCGCCCUACAGCGUGUGGACCGCCCUGGUCCUGGCCUACUUUGGGUCUGCUGGCAGGACUCGUCAGCAGCUGCAGGACACCCUUCGUCUCAGAGACCCUUCAACCACUCUGGCUACCUACAGGGCCCUCGACCGUCUAACCGCAGAGAGACAGAGCAACACGAGUGACUAUGUGAUAGACUUGGCCAACAAAGUGUAUGUGAAGAGCGGCUUCCCUCUUCGGGACUGCAUCAGAGAUGUCCUUAAGAAAGAGGUGGAGAAUAUCGACUUCUCACAGGCGGCCAAAGCAGCUGCGACAAUCAACCAGUUCGUGAACAAAACAACGCGAGGCAAGAUCCCAACUGUGGUGACAGAGAGCGACGUGGCCACGACACUGAUGGCGCUGGUCAACACCGUCUACUUCAAAGGUUUCUGGUUGAAUCAAUUCAACCUAACCCAAACAACCAAGCAGAAGUUCUUCACCACCCCGAGCCAACACAGCCUUGUUGACAUGAUGACCCAACUUCGAAAAUUCAGAUUUGGU